AUGAACUUGGCUUAAAUCGAAAAGAAAUUUCACUAGUUAGAGGUGAAGGAAAACUACAUGCGCUAUUUCUAUAACCCCUAGUGCAGGAAAAUUCUGGGGCUCAAGCAACAUGCCUACAUUGAGGAGCUUUAAAAAGACUACGAUUAGGAUGUUAAAACAUUUGGAAUGGAUCCAUUCGUUUAUACUGAGGCUGCACCAACUCAGGCUUAGACGAAAGCAGUUAAUGAAAGCGUUAUUACAAAAUAAUCACCUUAGAAAAAUGGAGUUAUAUCUCAUGAUUUUGACGAAGAGUACCAAUCAUAGGUGUUGAAUAGUGCCUUGAAGCAUGAAUAGUAGGAUAAUUAGGGUGAAGAAAAUAUUCAGAGAACUUCAACUUAUGAUUAGGCUGAAGGUGAUGAAGAUGAAUAUUAAUAGUUCUAAAGUAAAAGGUAAUCAGUGGGCAACAACAAUGGAAUUAAAAACUUAGAAGGCAUGACUAUUAAUUAACGUAGGAGAUUGCUAUCAAGUAUUAAAAUAUCCAAAUUCUACAACAACAGACCUAAGACAUCCUCUCAAAAUGCUAAGAGAAAGUAAUAGUCUUAUGAUGGCUUAUUUUCAAAGGAGGGUAAAAAUUUGAUAGAUCAGUGCAUUCCUACAAAAUUAGUGCUAUAGCAAUAUUAGAUUCAAGAAGCUAGGAAAAAGUAACAAGUUAUGAGUUUAACAGAGGAUCAGCAUUAGUAAUAGCAGCAAUAUCCUUAAUCACCUCCCCAGACAUACUAUGGGUAAAGUUUCAACAUUAAUGUAAAUGAUCAGCACUAAUUUAUCUAGCCAUCAAAUUAAAAUGACAACCAGCUUAUCAUGCAACUGUACAAAAUUAAAAGUAACUCUUUCUAUAUAUAUCUUAUAUUUCUUGUUUUAGUUCCUCAGCAGAUCCUAGCAAUCCUAAGGAAUUACAUAUCAGGUAACAUUAAGACAACUAUGCCAACAACUCCUGUUUAAGAGAGGAAACUCAGUCCAAGAUUUUCAAAAGUUGGUUCAUAAACAAAGAAUUAGUUCUCAAACUAUGAGAUAAGAAGUAACGCUACUUAAUUAAUACCAUCAGAAGAAUUUCAAGAAACUAAGCUUGUUGAGCAAUCUCCAGUGAUUGGGAGAGAAUCUUAAAUUAUCAUCAAUGGAUAAAAAUAAGAGUCAAUGUAGGCUAUUCCUGUUCAUACAUAAAAGGCUUAAUAGCUUCAAUAAUAAAAUUUAUAAGAAGGCAACAUUGAACCUAUCUUACUAAGUAAAACAAUCCUGAGAGAUUAGCUUGAUUAACUUGCAUUUAAUAUCAAAUUAACCGAUUUAAGUGAUGUUGAGAAUCCAUUUGUCAUUUAUGAGAAUAAAAGAAUCGACUAAGAAGGCUAUAUCAUAUUUGAUAAUUUAGACUGGAAUGUACUUAAUCCAAUUAGAAUGUUUCCUUGGCUUUCACAUGCUAAGGAUCUUGAGAAAAGAACCCUGAAAAUUGAAGUUACGUUUUAAUCGGAGUUAGUACUAUUAAGAUUCAUUCAUCUUGAUAAAUUUUAUCAAAUGAAAUUUCCUUAAAUUAUGCUGGAGAUUACAAAUAAUAUGAUCUAGAACUAAAAUCUUAUCUCUAAGCAGCAGAAAUAAUAAUAGCUGUAGGCAGCACAGUAAAAUAUUGCUUAGCAAUCAAAUGAUGACUUGAUUGAUUUGGGCUCCUAAGAUAGGAAAGAGGAUGAAGAUGGCAUUCUUAUACUAAAAAGAAUUGAAUAACAUAAGCUUAGUGGAUAGCAACUUUUACAAAAUGAAAAAGUUAAAAAUUCUAUUGAUUCUCAUGAAGGAUUUAAAGGAGUUGCCCUCACCUCCAGCUCUGGAAAUAUUCCUAAUUUGCAUGAGCAUUAUUAUUGCCUCAAACCAAUGAAGAAUGAAGCAUUAAAACUAAUAUUAGAUCUGAAAAAUUAUAGAGUAAACAUCAGAAAUAUCUACGAUGAACUAAUGAGCAGGAAAAUUGAAAUAACUCCACCUUAGUUAAAAUAAUUAAGAAUAAUUAUCGAAUACACAGAUUGUAUAAUAUAAGCAAAAGAUUUACUUCAAUAUGAAAUACUAAUGAACGAUAAUAAAAGGUAAAAUAUAGUUCAAGACGGAUAGAAUAAUAAUAAUGGUGAUGAAUAAGGCUUAGCUUAAAAUGGAAAUACAAGAAUUUCAGAUCUAUUAUAGAAUAAAAGCAGACCUUAUUCUUAGGGAAGAGUAAUCUAAUAAAGAGGAAAUUAACAAGGAUUUAAUCCAAUAUUAAUGGGUAAAAGGUUAAGCAACUCCAAUCAAACAAUUUUCACAAGCACAUAAUAUACAAGGCAUGCAACUUUAAAUCCUAAUCUCUAAGGCCGUUAAGAUCCAGAAGAUACAAUAAAAAAUUUGAUGGCUAAAUAUGGACAGAACAGAAGUGUUUAAUUUUACGUUCGGAAAGAGCUUGAUGCCUAAUUAGCUGAAAACAGAAAAAACUAUCACGACAAGCCUCGAUCAGCUGCUAUUAAUAUGAGAGAUAAUCGCAAAAUAUAUCAUCAUAUGAACUAAAAUGUCCUGUAUACCAAGCCUAUCUAACUAAAUUCAAGUUUGACUAACUACAACUAAACAACUGCAUCAGGCAUGUCCAAGUUUUAGUUUGAGGUAAAUGCUUCAUUAGCACAAAAGAAACAUAGAUAACUAAUAAAUGAAAUGCAAAAAGGAGAGAUUGAAUUAGAAAGAUUUACUAGAGAUAUUGAUGAUUAGGUAGUUACUCAUGGGCAAAAUAAUUAAGGUGAUAUCCCUGAUUUCUUCCAAUCAGUUAAGAGUAGUUCAAUGGGUGGAUUUGGCAAUGUUCAAGGAUUGUUUGAUGAACCAAAAGAAUAUAUGAAUUUUCCUUACUCUAGAGCUUAAGAUGUGCUUGGAGCUAGUCUAGCUACUCCACCUUAAUUCUUCAAAGGAAACACUUUAUCAGGGACCGGAGCAAUUAUGAGUGGAGGACUAAUGACUAGAAAGGCUAACAGAGAUAUUUUUUAUUAAAAGAAAGAUUCCACUUACAAGCAGAGACCAAGUACUCAGGGGAGAAUAAUAUUCGGAAAUGCAGGAAGUUUGCUGGGUCAAAAUCAGGUUAGAAAAAGUGGCCAGUUCAACGAUGGAUCUUUAGCAUAUUUUGAUCAAGGUAAAUAAGUAUUUGGAAUCAAAGGUAAGAGCAAUUUCAGCUGA